GCUUAAAAAUAACAGGCAUUUAUUCACAACUUCACAUCAAUAUGUUUUGUUCAGGUUCAACUAAAAAAUAAUUUGGCAUACAAAUUUAAAAAAUUCUGGUCCUAGUUAAUACUGGAAAACAAGAUGUACUACAAACGGCAUUGAUGUCCAGUAGCGAGGAGAAUUCACCCGAAGAUGGAAAUCUACCAAGUGACAUAGCGACCAACCGUGAUGAUGAAAAUUUCCUGACUGAUUCUAAAAUCGAAAGCAGCAAGGUAAAGGAGGAUAAGAGGAAGUUGAGUUCGACGGCUGAAGAAUAUGAAUUGGGCAAGAACGUCCAAUCUCAGGAAAAAGAAGAUAACAAUCUGACGAAGGAGAUUGAAAGUGAUUCUGGCUCGAAUAUAAUUGGAGACAUAUGCAGAAUAUGUCAUAUGGGAAGCUUUCCACCUUUGAGUGGAAAUCGUCCCUUAUGGGAAUGGAGAACUCAGAGCAAUCGUCCAAUAGAGAAUCAGGCGUCCAACAUUUCCAACUUCGCUUAUCUCGGUCCUUUGAUUUCGGCUUGCAAAUGUCGUGGUACAGUUGGUUUGGUACACGUAGAAUGUCUUGAGCGAUGGUUGACAGAAUCAGGGCACACCAGAUGUGAAUUAUGCGGCCACCACUUCUCAAUAAGAAGGGUCCCUCGUCACAGUAUUUACCGAAGUAUUGUUAUUUGGUUCAAGACAGUAUUUGCAACACGUCAGAUGUUGCUGGACAUUCUUUACCUUGCUGCAACGACACCACUGGCUUUAUUUUCCAUCUAUAUUUGUGCCCUUGCUGUAAAAUUGAUGUUACAAAGUGGUAUUUAUGAAUUACCUUGGAUGAUAAUAGCGAUAUUACCGACAUGUUCCUUAACUCUGGUAGCCUAUUGGGGAUGGCUCAUAACCCUUGGAAGGUACAUCAUCAGAUUUCAUAGCAGACGCUGGCGCAGAUUCUGGAGAAACAACUUCAUCGUGCGAUUAUUACCAGAGAAUGUUUAUGAACACACUGCUUUUCCUAUAGCGUCUCUACCCUACUCUGAGCAAGAAGAGAAUGAGCUCGACCAAUGGCAAGAGGACGAGCUUGGAAAUUUUUUGAACGUUUUUUAAUUGAAAGAAGCUAGCAAGACAUUAUUUUCGAAUAAUAUGUUUCCUACUCGACUCGCCGCAUGCAAAGUUGCGACCCGUUUGAUUGCAUUUCAUUAAAGCUUACCCUUCCUUAAUCAUCCCGUUAAUUAAAGACAGUCGCUCGUGUACAGGAAAUAAUUUACGGAUGCGUGAAGAUGCCCGUACUUGUAAUCUGAUUGGCUUGAGAAGAUAAAAAAUACGAAGGAAGAAAAAGAGUAUUCGGAAAUAACCCCGAGACAAACCUGUUUACUUUGAUUUCAUAAUUGUAAUCUAGCUUACAAGUUUAAUAUUUCAAUUUUAUAGAUCAUAUAUAUUACACAUUCAAAAUAAAAAUUGCUGCGUCCAAUAAGUGUAAUCAAAGGUCGAAUAAUAUAGAAAGAAAUUAAAAUUUGUGGUUAACAAAAGAAAAGACAUCUCAUAUUUUUAAUACUUCAUAAAAGUAUUUUUUAAUAAGGCACCUUUUUUUGAGGAAAGUAUGUACACGCAGAUUUUUAACUACCUUCUUUCAAAAUUAUUUAGUUAAAGUUAAAUAACAAUCAGUCAAAUGUAUCUGAUUGGAUCAGCGACUGAAUUUUUGCAUUUUCAUUAGACAUUUUCAAUCAAUUCGGAUUUAGUGAGUUGAAUGUUAACUUUAGAAAGUUGGUAUUUUCUUCCAUACGUGAGUGAUUGUCAAAUCGAAGUCAAAGUUGAAAAUUUGCAUGAUGCAAAUCAUUCAAAUUAAAGAAUUAAAUAUGGUAAAUCUUCAAAAUUGAGCUGUUG